AUGGCCUCCUCUUUGUCAGCUCGUCUUCAUGUUAUCCUCAUGUCAGCAGAAUUUAUCACAGGGAUUACAGUAAAUGGAUUUCUUAUAAUCAUCAACUGUAAUGAAUUGGUCAAAAGCAGAAAGCUGACACCAAUGCAUCUCCUUUUCAUAUGCAUAGGGAUGUCUAGAUUUGGUUUGCAGAUAGUGUUAAUGGUAAAUAAAAAUUUGUGGUACAGCGAUGAUUUUGGGGGGAUGUUUUUCAGCUCUGUCAGUCUCUGGUUUGCCACCUGUCUCUCUGUAUUUUACUGCCUCAAGAUAACACACUUCACCCAGUACUGUUUUCUUUGGCUGAAAUUCAGGAUCUCAAAGUUAAUGCCUUGACUGCUUCUGGGAAGCCUGCUGACCUCCGUGAGCAUUGCAACUCUGUGUGUCAAGGUGGAUUACCCUAAAAAUGUGGAUAUUGAUGUCCUCAGGGAUGCCAUGCUAAAGAGGACUAAACUCAAGACAAAGCAGAUUAAUGAAGUGCUUCUUGUCAGCUUGGCAUUAAUAUUUCCUCUGGCCAUAUCUGUGACUAUUCCUUAUGGGAGUCAGUGCUUCUUUGUGGUGAAGGACAUAAUGGCAGCAUAUCCCUCUGGCCAUUCGGUUAUAAUUAUCUUGAGUAAUUCUAAGUUCCAACAACCAAUCAGGAGACUUCUCUGCCUCAGAAAGAAUCAAUGA